AUGCGAGGUAACUCCAGCCUCCAGGACAACAUGUCUGCCAGCCAGGAGGCGGGGAGGAUGAUGAUGACGAGGAGGAGGAAGAGGAGGCAGACGGUGUACACAACAGACCAAGAACCGGGGAGCAAAGAUGUGGGGAUAUCUGGUGUGGAGCGGGCGUUGUCCUGGCCCGGCCCGGACGUGGUGGUCUGUGACGAGGGCCACCGGAUUAAGAACUGCCACGCCAGCACCUCCCAGGCGCUGAAGAACAUCCGCACCCGGCGGCGGGUGGUCCUGACCGGCUACCCGCUGCAGAACAACCUCAUCGAGUACUGGUGCAUGGUGGACUUCGUCAGGCCCGACUUCCUGGGCACACGCCAGGAGUUUAGCAACAUGUUUGAGCGUCCGAUUCUUAACGGGCAGUGUGUGGACAGCACGGCCCAGGACCUGCAGCUGAUGAGAUACAGGAGCCAUGUUCUACACAGCCUACUGGCGGGCUUUGUACAGAGACGUGGCCACGACGUCCUGAGGGACCAACUGCCGUCCAAGGAGGAGCAUGUGAUCCUGGUUCGGCUGUCCCCCCUGCAGAGGGUGCUGUACACCGAGUUCAUGAACCGCUUCACGGAGGCCGGCAACUCGGGCUGGCUCAGCCUCAACCCCCUCAAGGCCUUCAGCGUCUGCUGCAAGAUCUGGAACCAUCCGGAUAUUCUUUAUGAGGCCUUGAAGAAGGAGAACCCCGCCAACGAACAAGACUUAGACAUGGACGACAUCGCCUCCGCCCGCUGCCACAACCCAGCCAAUCCCAAGGGCAGGCCCACGGAGAACCCCAUCCCCAUUGGAGGGCUGAGUCUCACCCAGCUGCAGGAGAAGGCCAAUCAGGUUAUCACUUAUGAAUGGGCGAAGGAGCUGAUGGCCGACUACGUUCCCGGGCUGCUGGAGAACUCGGCCAAGAUGCUGCUCCUCUUCCACCUGAUCGAGGAGAGCGUCAGGAAGGGGGACAAGAUGCUUGUCUUCAGUCAGAGUUUGUCGACACUCACGGUGAUUGAGGACUUCCUGGCCAAGAGACCAGUCCACCCCUCCUCAAAAUCCUCAGGAUCGGAGGGAACAAAUCAGAACUGGGUCCGCAACCUCAACUACUACAGGCUGGAUGGUAGCACCACUGCAUCAGAGAGGGAGCGGUUGAUUAACCAGUUCAAUGAGCCUUCAAACACUUCAGCCUGGGUCUUCCUGCUCUCCACAAGAGCGGGCUGUCUGGGGGUGAACCUGAUCGGGGCCAACCGCGUGGUGGUGUUCGACGCCUCGUGGAACCCGUGCCACGACGCCCAGGCCGUGUGCCGCGUGUACCGCUACGGCCAGCGCAAGCCCUGCCACAUCUACCGGCUGGUGUGCGACUACACCCUGGAGAGGAAGAUCUACGACCGGCAGAUCUCCAAGCAGAGCAUGUCUGACCGGGUGGUGGACGACCUGAACCCCGUGCUGAACUUCACCCGGAGGGAGGUGGAGUCGCUUCUCCACUUUGUGGGGGAGGAGCCUGAGCCGGCCCGCCUCCAGCUGCAGCCGCGGGACGCCAUGGAGGACGUGCUCCACAAGGUCCUGCACAUCUACCCCCACCUCAUCACCAAGCAUCCAUUCCCCCAUGAGUCCCUCCUGAUGGACCGCAGGGAGACGAAGCUGAGCGCGGCGGAGAAGAAGGCCGCCAGGAAGGGCUAUGAGGAGGAGAAGCGUUCCUCCGUGCCCUACACCCGGCCCUCCUACGCCCACUACUACCCGGCCAGCGACCAGAGCCUCGCUAACAUACCGGCCUUCAGCCAGAGGAACUGGCGCCCCCCGCCCCGCAUGGAGGAGAAACCCGUGGCUAACGUGCAGACGGUCCAGUCGACUCCAACUCCCACAAUGCCUUGCCAGGCGCCGGCUGACACCACAGCCAGCGAUCCGUCUGAGGGCAGCCUGGGGGGCUUCCCCAUCAACUACCUACACAAGGCCGGGGUGUUUGUGCAGAAGAUCGUCACCACCACUGACAUUGUCAUUCCUGGAACCAACAGCUCUGCAAACGUCCAGGCUCGGAUCGGUGCCGGGGAGAGCAUUCACGUGAUCAGGGGCACCAAAGGUGCAUACAUCCGUACCGGCGAUGGUCGCAUCUAUGCCAUCAGGGCUGCCAACAAGCUCAAGGGCGCUGAAGACCUCUCUACAUCCCGAGAUGCCCGAGAGCCAGCAGAGGAAGUAUCGAACAAUGGCGGUAAUGUGGAAGUCCCCCCGGUCUCGCCCGACGGCCAGGAUAUCAUCAGUGAGCUGCAGCGCUACGCGGUUGGCCCAGGGCUCCGUGCUAACGAACCAGCUGUAGGCACCACAGGCCCCCAGGAGAUGGCGCCAGACUCUGCCUCGUCCACUAGCACCGACCUUGCUAGCGCCAAAGAAGCUAAAACCAACGACAACAAUGGCGUCAUUGCCACGACCAAGGUUAGCAUGCUUAACCAUCACUCGAAUGCCUCCUUGGCUAAUGCACAGCCUAGCAUGGAUGCCUCUACGGGUCAAGACCUCAGAACAAGCAGCAAACGCAAGACCACAACCCCGCCGCUGGAUAAGCGAGCCAGCCAGCUGCCCGUCCCAGACAAGCAUUCUUCAGCCUCGCUGGCUCCCCAAGGUUUCCCAAUCUCAGGAGGCUAUGGGAUCCCUCCACUAAGCCUCAACCCAGCGAUGCUAAGUGGGUCCAUGGGCCACCCGUUCCUCAUGGGGACAAACUCCCCCUUUCCCCCUCCCUACUUUCAGCAUCUCCUCGGACAAAUGGGGGAACCUGUGAUGUACCCUGAGAAGUUUGGUUCAGGCAGUGCCGGGACAGUGCCGUGUUCCUCUGCCUUAUCCACUCCCUGCUCUGACAGCGUCUUCUGCGCCUCAUCGUCAGUGUCCUCUUCGCCGUCAGUGGAGAUGGACACUUCUAGUGUAAGCGCCUUGCCUCCGUUCAUGAUGAACCCCAGCGUGGCUGGCAUGGCGGGGAUGCUCCCUCCAGGCUACCCCUUGUCCUACACCCAGUCCCUGGCCAGCCUUUACCCAGGAGCGAUGCACCCCGAUGGGCUCCCCGGCUCAGCUGCCACCCCUGGCCCGGCCGGAUCCAGCUUUCUCUCCAAGUACCCUCCCGGCAGCGCCUCAAGCUCUUCCUCAUCUUCCCCGUCCCCCUCCUCUCCCUCCGCCCAUUUCAGCAGCCGUCGGGGCACAGUGCUGGUUAAGAAUGGCGGGAAUCUUAGUGCCACGGGUAGCUCCGAAGACGAUGAUGAUAAUGAUGUCAUCGAGGUGAUUGGACAGUGACAUGUGUCACGUGACAUUGGUCUUUAAACAUUGUGCGGUUGAUUUGAAGCCCUUAUAAAAUAGGAGGGAACUUCCUAUAUGCUUUUAGCAAGGCAUCACGGGGUUGGCAGCUCAAAUUGCUCCUUCACAAGGAGAAUGACAGCUGCUCUUCGAGGGCUGUGAACUAAAAAUGACUAUCUGGCCACAAUGCUGAUUAUCACAACAAAAGGAAAAUCGAAACCUGAAGAUGGAAUGGAUCACUGCAGAGAUGGAAAAAUCGGGACACACUAUCACUGGACUGACUACCGAGUGUUGGCCUGUAGUGCCCAUAAAUGGCCACUAGAUGUGCUGCUAAACUUAGAAGUAUCUGAGUCUAUGAAGACAGUAGUGCUGAUGGUGCGGUAAAUGGCUCUAUAAGAUAACUGAUGUAGUGAUUUGUUAAAAAACCUUUAACAGUUCUGUGGUUAGCCUGUAGUUAUGUCCGUUUAGUGGUGAUAUAUCUAUAACACAUGGUGUCAUGGUUUUGUUUGGUGACCGUCAAGUGUAGAUUCUCAGUAUUUCUUUGACCUUAACGCAGUUUGAAAAAACGAAGUACAUUUUGAAUGGCAUUCGAUUGCAUAUAUGAAUGCACUGCCACGACAGUCGUAUUGUUGUGUUAUUUGUGGGCAGAGGGUGGCCAAGAUGUUUAGCGACAACCAUUAAAAGGGCUUUGGGCUAAGCUAAGGGUUCCAUGUAGCCUUCCUUAAAACUCUUCAAUUACGAAUGUAAACCUAUUUAAUCGCCUUUAAGCCCGGUCUUUUAAAACACAUCCUCUAUUAUGGCGUCAGACGUUUCAGAGAUCCGAUUAUUUUUCGUUUCCCUUUAUUUUGUAUAUUUAUAAAAUCUUUUUUUACAAUUUAUUUUUCAAAAAAAAGUAAAUGUUAUUGCCGAAUGAUGAUUACGAAAGCCAGGUCCCCGUGAAGUCGGACGGAGUAUCUGUGCGGCUACGUCCUUGAUAGCAGAGGCAUCAGCCAACAAAACAAUGCCUUGACCUCUGCCUCGAUCAUUCUGAAUGUGAACUGUGAGGAUGUGGAGGCCUGGGGAGACACAUAGUGAGGCCCAAUCCCAUUUCUACCCCUUACCCCUUCCCCUUUCCCCUCCCCCUUGUUUUGAAGGGGUAAGGGGUAGAAAUGGGAUUGGGCCUAAAUCUCACCCGUGAUUUUGCUGUAGCCAGCACCGAUAAUGAUGCAUAACACACGGAAGCCUCAAGUCAUCAAUUCAUACCCCAAAUAAAUCCAGAAUUUGCAUCCCUUCACCCAAACAUGCUCUAUGUGACAGUGUUGCAUGUUUUUAAUGUUCUAAAGCGAGAAAAAGAUACUUGUGUGUUACUGUACAUCAUCUGCUCAUUCAGGUAUCUGUUAAUAGUCAAGUGUAGUCAGUCUGUGCGUUCUUGUUUGUACUUUUUGUUUUCCUUGCUCAUCUCAUCAUUUGUGAAAAUCAAACCAAAAUUGUUAUAUUCAAGGAAGUAGUCAUACCGAAAAAAAACUAAAUUCAUCUGAAUGCGCCUAAGAAGGUGCAUGUAACUCUGCAGACCAAGUAACCAUUUUAUUAACAGAGUACAAGCGCCAACCAUCUCUGAUCACAGGGGAGCUAAAGAAGUCGCUUGUAAAUAUAUAUAUUUUUUAAUUAGGUCACGUAUGUGACUUAUUAGUCACGCAUAUAUGUAUUCCUGUGCACCUUCAUGUUAUACUGUUUACGCUGCAUUAUGUAUAUGUUUUAUGUUGUAGAGUGGGUUAUGGUGGCAGUUGUGAUGUUACUGGGAGUAAGUAGAGGUACAAGCAUAUCUAGUUACUACAACGAGUUCAUUUCGAGUUCAUGAGAUAUGUACUGAAAUGUGAGUUUACCUUUUUUCCCCAAUGUCUGAAUUUACCAAAUGUAUUUGUUUGUGGCAGUCAUGCUGUAUCAUGAUUAGUGCAUAUUUAUUCAUUCGUUUUUUUGUAUUUUUGUACUUUGUUUCUCGUCUUUGCUAUUGCUGCGGUUGAUGCUUUGGAUAUUUCUCGUUGGCGUUAUUUGCAUGUGUGACGAGCUCGCGGACCUACCCUUUUCUCAAAACCUCAGAUAACAGAAUGUAAACUCAUUCACUCAUUAGCAUCUUUAAUGUUUGACAGUUAAAUAUAACCUUCUUUGAACAUGUGGGUUGGGUGCCAUUUAGAUUCUUAUUAAUCUGGUGAGGGUAGUGACAUUUUAUUAUGCCGGAUGACAGAAUAACACUGCUAUUAGUAUCAUAAUCUUUUGUCUUCACGCAUUUUCUUCCAUUCUAAUAUAAGCAAGGGAAAAUUUACUCUGACUGGGUAUGUUAAAGCAAAAAAGAUUUAUCAACAACUUACAAGAAUACUCUUUCACUCAUCAACUGCAUGUGAACAAAUUAAAUAUCAUCACGGCAAACAAACUUGCUUGAUAAACCGAAACUUAAGAUCAUCCUGUUAUGAUUUCCGUAUUACAUUUCCCCGUCUCUUCCUGAAUGUGGGCCUUAUUCUCUUUGCUGAAGGAUAAAGCACCAGCCUACUCAACUAAAUACGAUACACAUGGAGGUUUCUCAGUGAGAGGAACCACUGUGUGGUUGCCAGCUCAGUGGUUACGGAACCAACAACACGUUAUUUUUCUCACAGCUUUUUACUUGAAUUUUACGUAUUUAUUUAUAUUAAUCCGUUCAGCGGAGGAAACUACUGCAGCUGUCUUAAUUCCAUUUUAAGCUGGGGAUGGUAGAAGCCGCUCUGUGUGAAGGCUGCUAUAGCAUGUUCAUGAUCAGUCGAGGGAUGGAUGUGUAUGACAUCGAAUGGGUUUUGUAAAUAAAAGGAAAUAUGUUCUGAAUUAUACUGGUACUGGUAUUUUGAGUUGUAGUAGCUUACAUCUGCAAAUGUUAGACAAAACAAACACACACAAGCACACACAGAUAAAAGUGCUUUUUGAAAUGAAGUUGGAAAUAUGUUGUAGUUUCCAUAAACCUGUCCAUGUUUUUCAUCAGCAUGUUCUGUAUGACAAAAAUAGCCCAAGGUCAAUAUUUUCCAAUUUCUGGCCAUGGAAAAAAAAAACAUGUUUGGAUUCAGAUUAAGACAACACAGGCACACACACAACUUUUACUACAUCAGACUGUUGAGAGUUGCGUGCCUAUCAGUACAAGUUUUAGCAAAGCUUAACAUUUAAAGCCGGUUGUAAGCUAUUUUUGACUUCCAUAUCGUUCACAUUCAUGACCCAUCUUGGUGGACUUGGUCUGGUCCAAAGAUUGUAGAUAUGUCCCAUAUCAAUUAUUCACAUUAUGUGUUGAUCUAGAAUCAGGAUAAUCCUUUAGGUUUGAGAUUCUCCAACUAGAGAUUAAGAGAGGCUAUUGAACGGUUAGAAACCUCCUUAGAAAAUGAAGUGAGUUCUAAAUAUACGUAUCUAUGAACUUGUAGUCCCUGAAUUAAUUUCAGGGACUGGAAAGGCCUGCGCACAUUCCGGGGGCCUUUCCACAUUUCUGAACAUUGCAAGGGGAUGUAGAAUGUCUACUUUUACAAAAAAGGGCAAAAUGAGAAGCUCUACACAUUUUACAUAAAUUUGAACGUUCACAACAGCCUACUGUAAUAGUGUAGUACCAUAGCAUGCAAUUUGAUGCAAUAUGUUUGUUUGAAUGUGAUGUGUCUAUCUGAUACCUCUAUCAGGUUGAUGUUGUGUUGUUCUGCAAUGUUGUCGGGUCAAAGGUUAUUUGUCUAUUUUCUGAAUCACAUGUUAUGUAAAUUAAGUUUGAAAUAAUCGUGGUUGCAAUAAAAUCGGCAUGUCUGAGAAGAAAUUUGUG